AUGAUAAAUAGAACCGCUGCCAGAGCAGUGCGAUGGGCUACCGGUCCGUUCCAGUCCCUGAUAUCACCUGCAUCUCAUCGAACUACAAGAUUUCCCACACGCGUCCCCAGCAUAGCUGCCCACACUGCUCCAUCGCGAUGUCUGCUCCUUCGACCUCGUGCGUUUCACACAUACACUGCACGUCUAGCACAGUCGCCCACCGCAGACGCGCUGAUGGAAAAUCUCAACGAACUGUACGCCACAGCAAAAGACGAGUUUGAGAUCGCCGCAGAAGAAACUGAGAAGAAGACCGUCUAUGCGGCCGAUGAUCGGGAGGCGGCCCAAGACGCCCUCAAAAGCCUGCAGGAAGGUUAUGAGAAGGCCAUCAAGGAGAGCGCACCGGAUGUGGCUAAGGAGGUCCAGUCGAGAGUUGGUCCGAGGAUAAGAGAGUUGGCUAAUGCCGUCAAGGCCAUGGAGGAAAUGGCGAUGGAGGACUAG